AUGAACACUACGCAACGCUCCGAUGACACUGAUCAUCUACCGAAUCCUGAAGAUCUGCUCCCCUCCACCUCAUCCCCAGAAUUCCGUGUGCAUGACGUGAAUGUUGUGAUACCUUCAGAUAAGCCCCACCAAACUAACCCACCCGAGCCUCAAAAAAUCCUGUCUACAACCCAGGACGACCCGAUACAACUUACGGACGACAACACCACCCCAGCUGACGAUGCCCAGAUCCCAUUCCCCGCCUCAGCCCGGUCAAUCCGGAUCGAUACUCUGGACAACGGGGGAAAUGUGCUAGGCCACGCCCCCAUCCCGGGCCCUUGUCCCGGCCCAGGUUCCCCAAAGGCCGAGCCGAUCCUUGGCCGGCUUCUCCUAUUCUUCACCGAGCUGAAGAUGCACAACCCCAGCCGUCAUCGCGAAGCCGUCGAGCGAUUGAGGCAACUGGAGGAGGAGCUGCGGGAGUCGGGAGCUGUCUGUCCCCCAGAUCCGGCUGUGGCGGAUGCGGUGGCGCGAGCGCUGGCAGCUGCUGCACCCGGACAUGACAUUCAAAUCCGGGUCAACCAGAGCCGACACACGACGACGACAAAGACGGUGUACGAGACGGAGACGCCGGGAAUGGUCGGACUAUCGCCGGAUCACAUCCGAAGCCUUCAUCGGCAAAUGUUGGACAGUCUCGUGACCGGCAAUGGAAGCGACGCCCAUGCGGAAUCAGGCACUACCCAAAAGAAGGAGACGGCCGAGGAGGGCUUCACCGAUGAAGACGGAGCCCUGGUUGUCAGCAAACGGAUGACACGGCUUGUGACGACUACAAGAAGUGCACUACCUGGAGAAGCCGAGCCAGCACCUGAUUCACCUGUCGAAUCGAUGGGUUCGGUGAAGGAUCGAAUUGCCGCGUUCGAGUCGAUCGCCCGUGAUCAACCACCAACCCCGCCACGAGACGAACAAGCCGGCCAUGCCCCAGUCGCCGCCCCACGCAGAACCUCCGCCGCAACCCAUGAGACAUCUGAGGAGGAGGUCGAGGAAGAGGAUGAGCAUGGCAAUGUCCGGAAGGUCAUCCGGAAGAAGCGCAUCACGGAGAAGUACACGAGAACUGAAUUCCACAUCCCAAGAAGGGAGGGUGAUGCUGAGGAGGAGCCGGAGGUCGAGCAAUACCGACGCACGGCAUCUGAACUAUCUGGAGGUGAACAUCGGCCCGCUGCAGCUAGCCGUCAGGAAUCUGAAAUUUCACGACGAGCUUCUGAAGCUGAACGACGCCUAUCCGAAGAUCAACAGCAACUCUCUCCGGCUAGCCGUCAAGCUUCUGAGGCGUCACGACGAGCGUCUGAAGCCGAACAUCAGCCCUUCCCUGUCCCAGCUAGCCGUCAAGAUUCAGAAGCAUCACGACGUGCUUCUCAAGCUGAAGGACGUUUAUCUGAAGCUGAACACCAACCUCUGCCAGCCAGCCGUCAAGCUUCUGAAGCCUCAAGACGAGCUUCCGAAGCCGAAACCCCAGCCAGCCGAGCCUCCACCCAGCUCUCAGAAACCAGACCAGAAUCCCCAGAAGAUGAACAUCUCCGACGCUCCAUGGCCGAAUCCCAUGCUAGCCAAUAUUCUGAGAAGAGCCGCCCCUCCGACGCCAAGCCCGAAUCCCCGGAACUCUCCAGGAGAACAUCAGCCUCCAAGGCCGAGUCCUGGGUCAGCGAGGAGAAGGAGACCGAAAAGCCCGAAUUCACCGGGGUCGAACCCGCCGAAGUGCACGCCCGGCGGCCGUCCGUUGAGGAAGCAACAAAGAGCGUGGAAGAAGUUGUUGCUCAAGCCUCUGCCCCGAUUGAGUCUUCGGAGGAGGAGGUCGAAGAGGAGGACGAGCAUGGCAACGUUCGGAGAGUAAUCAGGAAGAAGCGCAUCAUGGAGAAGUACACCAGGACUGAAUUCCACAUCCCCAGAAGGGAAGGUGAGGCUGAGGACGAGCCGGAAGCAGUGACACGUCCUGAAUCCGUGGAGCAACAUGCGCGUACGGAAUCUGAAAAUGAGGGUGAACAUCGACCUACUCCGGCUAGUCGUCAGGAUUCUGAAGCAUCACGACGCGCUCAUGAAGCUGAACAUCACCUGUCUGAGGAUGAACACCGACCCUCUCCAGCCCCAGCCAGUCGCCAAGCCUCUGAAGCCUCACGACGUGCUUCCGAAGCGGAAAGCCACACUUCUGGAACUCAUGCCCCGGAAGCUGAAACUCAAAAAGAACGACGAGAUUCUGAAGCGUCAUCUAGAGAUCAGAAGCUUGUUGAACAUCCCCACCAUCUAGAAGAUGUUCAAGAAAAGCCUGAUCGUCCCGCCGAGCUGUCCUACACUGCUGAAGCCCCGAAAGAUAUCGAAACCCCAAUGCUCGAAGCUAGCCCGGAAACUCAGCAAUAUGAGGACGAGAUCAAGAAGGCCGAGAUCCGCACGACUCCACCAAGCGCCCACUCCCCAAUCGGAUCCUCGGAAGAGGAGGUCGAGGAAGAGGACGAGCACGGAAACAUCAGACGGGUACGACGGCACAUUAAGGAGACACACACGCGCACCGAGUACCACAUCGAGAGCCGUGAAGAACCGGCCGAACAUCUUGAGGAAGUACAAGAUCACUCGAAGGCCGCUGAACUUCAUCGGCAUGAGGAGCCGCUGGCCGUGGAAACGGACGAGCCGGUGAAGACGGCCGAGCUCAGAAGUACUCCCCCAGGGAAGCGAUCGCCCAUCGAUUCUGAUGAAGAAGGGUUCGGAGACAAGGUGAAGAAGGCCGGGAUGGUGGUCGGAGGGAUUGUGGCUGCACCUGUUGCUCUCGCUGCCUACGGGGUCAAGGAAGCAUAUGAUAGGUUGAAGGGCGACAAGGAGGAGAAAGAGGAGCACGUGCAUGUGGUUGAACAGCCUGAAGAGGCCCGAUAUCACGAGGAGCAUCAGGAAGUCGAGGAAAGCCCACGCCAAAGAAGUUCAAUGGCUGAGAGCGAUGCGUCAAUGACUAGAAGCCACGAGCAGGAGUCGUUCGCUAGAAGCCAGAUGGAAUCACCGGAAGCAGAAGCGGCUCAAAGCUCGGCGUACAGCUUGGAGACCGAAGAAGUACAUCACCACGAAGCACCACAGGUUGAAGCCGAACACCAAGGACGCAUCCUCCCCGCGACCGAUGAGGAACUUCGCUACGAGUACGAGCAGUACCACCCCUACUCAGACAGCCCGGCGAGGCAAGAGCAGAUCAGCUACGAACCGACCGAAUUUGAUGCCGAAGAACAAGCCGUUCAUGAACACGAUGAGCAUCAACUCCCGGUCCACGACGCACAACACGAAGAAGUUCAGCAACAAAAGGUUGAGCACGCUGAAUCGCCUAUUGAUAAGGCGCCGUCUGGAGAUGAAGCCAAUGUCCCGGAAGCGCAACUUGGAGACGAACAACCCCAAAUGGUCGACGAGGAACUGCGCUACGAGUACGAGCAGUACCAUCAUUACGAGCCCGAAAGCCCGCAACAGUUCAAGGAAGAACACGCCGGAGCAUCAGAAGAUGAACAUCGAGUUGAACCUGAAAAAACGGAAGUGGGAGAAGAACACCAUCACGAAGAAUAUGAAGAAGUUCUAAGCCCCGGCGAAGAGCUCGAACGGACCCAGGAGCUCGAGACGGUACGACCAGCAUCGCCGGCUCAAGAAGAGGAGCACCCUCAACAAGUCGUAGACGACGAGCUGCGCUACGAGUAUGAGCAGUACCAUCCAUACCCCGAAGCUGAUCAAGCAUCCCAACAAGCUGAGCACUACCUCGAGGAAUACUCUCCCCGCCGAGAAGAUAUUCCCAUCAUCCGCCAACGCUCACCAACCCCAGAGGAGCCUGAACUCCCCGAAGACACCGCCAGCGUGAAAAGCCUGAGCUCGCAAGUUGGAAUCCAGGAAGAAGAGCAGGCUUCUGAAGCUCAGCCUGUUGCUGGAACUGAGCAGCCAGAAGAGGUUGUCUAUCUCAAGGAGGUCGUUGAGGAGCCGGUGGAUCAAGAGGUUCCGGAGGAAUCGGCAAGCGUCAAAAGCCUGAACUCACAGGUUGAAGACGUCGAGCCUAUCGUAGAGCACGAAGAAACUUCUCACACCUUUGAACAACCAGAAGAGAUUGUGUAUCUCAAGGAGGUUGAAGCGGAAGUUGAAGAGCAGCCAGCAUCUCCUCAAUCUGUGAUGGAUUCGGAGGAAGAAGCACAUGAAGCUCCCACCAGCCAAGAAACCCGGAAACCGUCUGCGCCAGAAUUCGAAGCUGACUUCGAGACUUCUAAAGGAGAAGUUCCGGAUUCUGAAGCUGGGAAGCACCAUGAGCAAGAACCGGAAGGUGAUUACGAGUACCAAGAACCUGAACCUGAUGCGACAUCACCCAUUCCCUCUGGCGAGGAGAAGAGAAAUGAAGCUUCGGAGCAGGAUCAGACUCCCUCUGAAGUCUAUUCAGAAGAGCACCGUCGUGAAUCUAACACAUCUGAGCGCUUUGCCGUACACCCUGAAGUUGCCGAGGCCGCUGCAGAAGCCGAAUUCCCGGCAUCACCAAGAAGUUCGCUGGCCGGUGAAGAACAUCAUGUUCAAUCCGCGGAGUAUGAGCGAGAGGUUCCAUCUGAAGUUGAUGCUGAACAUGUGGAGCAUCGUGAACUCCAUGAAGAAACUCCUGCUAGUCCGGCGACGGAAACGGAAAGGAAGUCGUCGGCUUACGAGGAGGACGAAGAUAUUCAAGCGUCCCCGGCAAUUGAAGUCACUCAAUUCGAGGAGGAGAAGUCGAAGGAGUACUACGUCGAUCCGGAAGUGCCCGACUUUGGGCCUUAUGGGGAACCUGUGGAUGGAUAUCCGGCGACGGAGAGAAGUGCACAAGUUGCACCACAUCAAGAAGCUCAUGAGAUCGCUGAAGCUCAUCCUGAACUUGACGAACACGCUGAUGAGCCCCUACCGGAAGCCCAUCCGGCAGAAUCCGUACCGCAGACACCAACCAGCCCGUUUGAAGCUGAUCGGUCGUCUCCAAUUGUCGAGAGCCAGGGCAACUUCGUAGAGAAGGAGACAUACCCGGAUGAGCACUACGAGUACGAGACGUACCGCCCGCCAACAGGGGGAUAUGAAGCUCAGGCUCAAGAGCAUCAACAACCCGAGACCCCGCUUUCCGAAAGAUCCGUACAGGGUUCCCACCACGACACCAAACGCUCCUCGAUCGCGGAAGCAUCAGAGAAGCUGGUGGCUGAGGUCCUAGAUGACGCAGAGGCGGAAGCAAUCGAAGAAAGCUAUCAAGAGCGAGAAUACCGGGAUCACGAAGAACCACCCCAAGAACAGUUCGAAGGGGUACCGGCCAGAAGGAAGUCCGAGGUACAGCACGAAUCCUUUGACGAAAGCCGGGAUGCUGAGCAACAGCAAUAUCAGCACGAUGUCAUUCACGAAUCCCCGGAAGUCGAAGCUUUUGAGGAGCAUGGGCACGAAGUUCCUGCAAGCCCCAAAGAGGGUCAAGAACCAAGAUUCGAGACUGAAGACGUGAUGGAACGCGAAAGUCAGCGUUCUGGAAGUCUUGAAGAAGUUCACCAAGAGGAAGAAACCCGUCAACAAACUCCCGCAAGAUCGUCGAUUGCUGAAAGCCCGAUCCAAAGUGAGCAUGAGGUGGUUCCAGAACACCUGCAGCUUGGAGAACGAGAGCAUGAAGUUGAACAGCCACAACCUACACCAUCUGAAAGUGGCUUAGAGCCGGCGGAAACUGCGGCAAGAGGCGACUCUCCCGUUACUCAACGACACGAAGCAGCAUAUGAUCAUCAUGAAGAGCCAACCUUCGUGCAGGAAUCAGCCCUACAAGAAGCACACGACGUCCACCCCGAACACUUUGAAGCUCAACUGGCCCAGAGCCAAGUUGAGAAAGCGGUUCUCGAAGCCCAACCACCCAGCUAUGAAGAGAGCGAACGACUUGAAGACGUCGCCAGCGCCCCGACGACACCACGGAGCACCGAUCUCCAUGCAAUGGAGGAGAGCAAGUAUCAGACUUAUGAAGACUUGUCGAGAACGUCGGAUGAGGAGGGUGAGCGGGAGGAUGCUGAUGCGAUUGAGCAAGAGGGAAAGCCACCGACCUACGAAGAAUCCGAGGCGACGCACGACACCGAACCGGUGCAGGUCAGAGUGGAAGCCGUAGAGCCCGAACCCGAAUCGCAGUUCGAAGAGGAGGACCGGAACUUUGGAGCUGAGACGAGAACACCACCUGCCAGCCCGGUACCGGAGUACGAUGCGCCGGUCAUUGAGAGCGAGGAGUACCAGCUUGAGCAGUAUCAGCCAGAAGCUGAAGCUGACUUUGAACGAGCCAUCUCCCCGGCUGACAGCUAUGAAAUGGCAAAGCAAGCCCGGGAAGCUGAUGAGCAACGAGGGCAGGAGAGCCCAAAGUCCACAGACUCGAGGGUCGAAUUUGAGGCUGAUGUCAAGGCUGAAGUCCACUCGACGGCAGGCAGCCCGAUCUCCCAGGGAGAUGCGGCUGAACGGGUUGAAGUCGGUGAUCAAGUUUAUCAGCGACCUACCUCUCCGGCCGACAGCUUUGAGAUGGAGGAAGAACAAAGGGAGCUCGGCAAGCAGUCGGAUGAGGAGAGCCCGAGGUCAACGGACUCGAGGGUCGAGUAUGGCGUUGAAGAGGAGCAUCAACGUGAGGAACUUGCUUCAAGGAGUCCUGAAGUCGCUGGUUUUGAAGUCCAGGAACAUGAGGACGCACCGAGUCCAGCUGCUGCUCAAAAACCGCACAUUGAGCACGAACAUCGCCAUGUCGUUGAAAGUGAGGAAUACCAAUUUGAGCAUGAGGCAAAACACGAAACUACCGAGUCCCCUAGCCACCACCAGGAGCGAUCCAUUGAGGAGACGAGGCCCCGCCUCCAUCGCCCGGACUCACUUGACGUCGAACCGCUAGAAGUCCAGGAAGAGCGUGACGUUGGUGAACUCCUUCGGGAGCACGAGCCUCCCACAACCCCAUCUGUGGAAGAGGUGUCGAUGCCAGGAGAGGAAGCGGCUGUUAUCGAAUCCCAUGGAUAUGAUGCUGGACUGGAUGAAGAAUCGCACCCUGAGUCUCCAGAAAGUGAGGCCGACCUUGGCGGUCAUGCCGAAGAGGGACGCUCGCCUUCGGUAGAUGAACAUCAUCGUGAAGUUCAUGAAGCUGCUCCUGCCUCUCCGUUGGCCGGCAGUCCGAAGCCAGAGGAGCAAUUGUACCACGUGGAGCAAGAGAGGAGGAUUGGGUUUGAUCACGUUCAAGAGGAGUCUGAACGCUUUGAAGAAUCACAUCUGACCGACACGCAUGUAAAUGAGCAUCAUCUACGCCAGGAACGUGAAGCUGGGGUUGAGGAGCACCAGGAAAGACCUGAAUCUCCUGUCGAAUCUGACAAACCCUCUGUACUUCAUGAGGAAGAACAUCAUCUGCGCCAAGAACGUGAAGUUGGUUUUGAAGAGCAUCAGCAGAGACCUGAGUUUUUGGCCGACUCCGACAACCACUCCCAACGCCACGAAGAGCCUCAGCUCGAAUCCCCAGCCACUAGCGGUCCGCAAUCAAGAACUUCUGGAAGAGCCGAAAGCAUCGAGUCGCCUGCGCAAAGGACCUCACGCCCGGAUUCAGGCUCCGAAUUCCGCCAGGAGUUUGACAGUGAGCAAUAUCAGCUUGAACACCCAGAGGAGGCGAAAUACCAUCAGCAUGAGAUGGAGCCGGAAUCUUCAGGGCAGACCCAGGAAAGAGAGGAUGCGUUUGAUGAAGCCCAACACUAUGAGAAACCGACUGAAGUCCAUGGACAACAUUUGCGUCAUGAGAGCGUCGGCGGCUUUGUGGUGAGCGAGGAGAGGCCGGAUGAGGCUGAACGACAAAGCUCACGCGUUUCUGAAGAUUAUCCGGAAGCUGGAAGCCGAAAGGAUUCUCAUACUUCACAACCAGCUGGAUACUUCGCCGAAAGUCCGAUCAUACAUUCCGACGAGUACAGGGUUGAUGAUGAUGUCCAAGCCGUGGCUGAAGAUCAACCGUAUUCAGAAUCCCCACGUCGGGAGUCAAUCUCAGCACUUUCUGAAGAGGAAAAAGCAUCCUCCCCGCAACCAUUUGAACACCACGAGCACGUCGAGCAUACUCCAGAAUCUGCCAGAAUCUCCCACGAGGAACAGAUAGUCGAAUCUGAACAAGCCCAAAGCCCCGGAGACGGCUACAUCAUCCCCAGCGACGACUACGAGGCGUAUGAAGAGCGUACACAGAGCCCGGUCACUACGUUGCACGAGAUUCGCGAGGAGUCCAUGGAAGAACACGAUGAAGCUCACUUUGACGAGCCGGCUCGCCCAUCAAUUCCGUUGUCCGAAUCCCCAGAGGAGCUUGAGAAGAUCGAGCUCCAUUCCUCGCCAAAAACGGAAGGAUAUGCUCACUUUAUUGAGGAGAAGCCACUCGCCCAAGAGGUUCAGGAACAAGAAGAACGUGUAGAACAUUCAGUCCCUGAGACCAAGGACCCAGAGUUCUAUCAAGAGCAAGCCACCCACAAGCCCGACUCAGAAUCCGAGGGAGAAGAGCUUGAACAUCGCGAGGGUGAGGCCUUCAUCGGCGAGUACAAGUCGGAGAAGAAGGGGCUCGGCUCGAAGGUGUUGGGCUUUGCCAAGAAGGCCGGCAUGGUGGCUGGAGGUGUAGUUGCUGCGCCGGUGGCCCUAGCUGCAUACGGCGUCAAGGGAGCUGUGGAGUCACUUCAGAGGAGAGGCUCCAAGGGAGAGUAUCAAGCUGUGGCCACGGAAGACCCAGAAUAUCUGGUCCAUUCCGAAUCUUACAGCCCGGCUGAGGAGGAGCGGACAAACUUUGAGCGCGAAGACUUGGCAGAAGAGACCGCGGGACGUCAAUAUUCUGAUGAGACGUUUGAGGAAGAACAUCGAAAAGUAGAAGAGCAAGAACCUACUCAAGAACAAGCCCGACUCGAACCAAUGCAAGAAGAAACCGCCACGAUCCGUGCAUCCGAAAAACCGCACGUCAUCCAGUCGGAGAGCUAUGAACAUGAGGAGCAGUUCGAGGCCCCGAAAGACGAGUACGUCAUCCAUACCGAAGAACACCACCAAGAAGCUGAUCAGCACCCUGAAGAUAGCUUUGAACAAGUUGAAGCCGAGAGAGAAGAAAAACCGGCGUCCCCAGCGGUUGAAGAUCACCAGAACUCCCAUCUAAUCCAGUCCGACGAGUACGAGCUGGUCGAGGGCCAACCCGAAGAACAGCACCUCGACGUCGACGAGUACGAAAUUGUUCACAGCCCAGAAGAACGAGAAGAUGUGCCCCCCGCAUCGCCUGGCAAGCAAUCCGAGCACGCAUCAUCACCCGAAGAUGACCAUAGAGCGAUUGCUGGCGAUGAGGAGGCCGAGAUUGACGAGAUCUCGCUGCGGCUGGCCGUCGAAGCGGUCGGCCAGGCGGCACAUCAACUGUCUGAGCAGAUGACGUUGGAGGUGACACCGAGGAGCCCGACAGUCACAGACCGUUCGAAUGUCGAUUCGGAGAAUAUUAGCAUGGAUCAGAGAGGGAUCGAGGAGGAGGAGAAGUCGAGCUUUGAGGAGCACCAACAAUCUCCGACGGCUCCGUCAAGCACUGAAAGAUCAGUCAUUGAAUCUGAGGCCUACCGUGGGCGUGAUUAUGAAACCGAAGAGCCUGAAUCUCAGGAAGGGACCUAUCGAGACACCGAGGCACGAUAUGAAUCAGACGAGAAAGUGCUGCAACACGAGGAGACCCCGACGACACCACCGAGUACGGAUCGGGAUCGUUUUGGGGAUUAUGUCACGGAGGAACAGACGCACCGGGAUUCUGAAGUGAAGGUCACUGAAGAACAAGCCACCCCUUCAACCCCAUCAAGUGCUGUCAUCGAAUCAGAAUCCUACGAUCGCCCGGAAGAACCCCCUCAAGACGAUGAAGACGACGAAUACGACGCUGUAAGCCCGGUACCAUCUUCGGCCCGAUCUCAAAAACAGCUCCUGAAGCAAGAAUCCUGGUAUGAGAAAGCCGUGGAGCCUGAGGUCGACUACCAAUCCGACCUCCAAGAAAAGCUCGACAUCCUCGCGGCACAGAAUCGCGAAGAACUACCGGGACCCGAUGAGGAGGACAACAUCAGGGAGGAGGACGACCGCACAAUCCCCAGCGAGGAAUCGCUGAACAGAAUGGCCUCCGAUAUGGUGCGAAACGUGUUGGAGACGGUGGAAGAGGAGACCCAUCAACAUUCCGAUGAAUAUGGAGACUAUCAGAUGAUUGGGCACCCGGGGGUUCAUACUCUGAGGACGACGAUUGACAUCAUCUCGGACUCGGCGCGAACCACUCCCGAUGUGGCACUGCGGUAUGGAGAUGAUCGUGAGGAGACACCGCCUUCGGCUAACGCUUCAGGAAUGUUGUACAUACCCGAAGCGGACCCGGGAAGACCUGUAUCCCCCAUCCCACCCACCCGCACCGACUCCGGGCUUCUCAUUGGCCUCAAACAACCCGAGGACACCAUCGUCUUCGAGCAGUGCAUGACGCCCGACAUUCUCGAGCAGCCCAGCAGCGUCAACCCGUUGUUGAAGAAGGCCAUGGUCGAGUCGAUCCAGCUCAAGGGUCUCGAGAUCCCCAAGAAGGUCGAGGCAACUUUUGAGGAGAAGGAGCAACAGCAGCAGCUCGAGUCUCCAAAGCAAGAAGAGAGAUACCAGUGGUCUUCCGAAUCCCUUGAUCACGGCUCAGUGAAGAGCCACGGCAGCAGCGCCGGCAAGCGGUACAGCACGUCGAGGAGGAGCAGUGGAGAGCUCUCUUCUCAACCGGCUGACGCUUCGCCGCACGAGCGGCGUGACUUUGGAGAGGAGCCGGAGCACAUCGCCAGGGAAGUAGUCGAGACCGAGGAGUAUCAAGUGGUCGAGACUAUUGAGGAUCCAUCCGAGGAGGGCUUUGAUUAUCCGCAUGACGAACCUGUCGAUCCCGAGCUAGAGACAGUAGAGGAAGAGCCGGAAGACAACGACUCGCUCAACGGCAGUGGAUCAUCAAGUGCUGGCCAGCCCGUCUCACUCGCCUCACUCGCCCGCUACAAGCACACCUCAUCCGACAACGUCUCCGAGUCGAGCCUGCAAGAGUUUGAGCGCAUCGAGAAGAUGGUCAAGGGUGAGGGCAGCCUCACCGGAAGUGACAUCGAACUAGCCACCGGUGGAAAUGGAGCCCUGCUCAAGUCGGGCCAGGGCUCGCUCAGCUCGCUGGCCGAGUUCGAGCGGAUCGAGGCCGAGAUCGCGAAGGAGGCACCCGAGCAGGACGAGGCGAUGAUGCUCUCAGAUAUUAGGGAAGAGAGCGAGGCCGAGGAUAUGAGCGUUCGGGAUACGGAUGAUGAGGAUCAUGACCAGCAUACGGAUCUGAGGGUGGUGCCGAUUCGUGAGGAGCCAGAAGAUCGGGCGGAUACGCCGACGGGUGUUUCGCCGGCGGACAGUAUCGAGCAUGUGCAUUUGGAGGCUGAGGGACCAACGGUCGACGCCCGUAUCAUGGAGGCGAGCACCGACUCGUUGGAACCGUCGGGCCGCCCGGUGCAGAUCGUCGAGCCGCGCAUGCUGGAGAGCAUGGAGGAGACUUCUUUGGAUGAGUAUGAGGUGAUCGAGAGGAUGGAGGUCUCGACGCACGACUCGCUGGAGAAUCUUCCUCACGACCGAGACAGUCUUCUGGAGGGGGCCAGUCAGGAGGUGGUCACCAGCCAGGAGGCGCCUGGACUCAGCGGGGAUACGGUUGGGACGUAUCAGGAGCACACCGACGAGGACAAGGACUCCCUUGCUGGAGAUAUGGACAACGUUGUCUCGUCGUACUCCAAAACACUGACGAUCUUUGAAACAACACAGACAAAACCCGACGGGACGGUGGAGCGGAUCUCGCGCCGAGUGGAGACGCGCGUCGAGGACCCGGUCACCGACCAUGUCACAUUCACCGGGACGGAAGGACCGGAACAAGUGUCGAGGGUGUUGGAGGGAGGAAGCGGCAGGGUGGAGACGGUGGACAGCCAGGGGAAUGUCACCACAACCACCGUGUCACGCAGCCCACCACAGCCCAGGCAC